UCUCUCUCUCUGUCUCCCUUUUCCACCUGUGGGCGAAAGUUGUGAAUCUGGAGAAGCUUCGAGUCUUUUAGUGAAAGACACCAGCAGGAAGCAGCAGGAAUAUCAGGAGGGGAGGGUUGAAUGGAGAGGAGCGAGGCUGCGACCCUGACAUCCCUGAGUGUGCCUGCUGUCACUUGGCUGCUGGUGGCCCCCGGACACACAGACAAAUGUCGGGCCGCAGGGUUGGCUUCUGGCUCAGCGAUAAGAAGCGCAGGAGGAUGAACCUGGACGCCUUUGCAGACUUCUGUGCGGGCCAUGGAGUGGAAGUGGUGGAGAUCGACCUCACGCAGCCACUGGGGCCCCAGGGACCCUUCGACGUCAUCGUUCACAAGCUGUCUGAUGUCAUUGUGGAGGCUGAGCACGACAGCCAAUCGCAACAGCUCCUUGCCAACUUCCAGAGCUAUGUGUCGGCUCAUCCCAGUACAGUUCUCCUGGACCCCCUGCCUGCCAUGACUCAACUCUUAGACCGCUUUGCCUCUUAUCGGAUCAUGAGCAAGCUGCACAAUUCACUCCAAGACUGGCGCAUCUGCAGUCCUCCUUACCUCGAGAUCCACAGUGUCAGUGACCUGUCAUCUAUUCAACAGGCUGUGAUGACCCAGGGCCUAAGCUUUCCUCUCAUUUGUAAAACCAGAGUGGCACACGGCUCCCUUUCCCAUGAGAUGUCUUUGAUUUUCAGUGCGGGGAGUCUAGCCAAAAUCCGUCCUCCCUGUGUGCUCCAGAGCUUCGUCAACCACGGGGCUGUUCUGCACAAGAUGUUUGUGGUGGGAGACAGACACUACUGCGUAGAGAGGCCGUCACUCAAGAACUUCCCCUCCGGUCCCUGUGACAGGAAGACCAUUUUCUUCAACAGCCAUCAGGUGUCCAAGCCAGAGUCAAACUCUGAUCUCACAGCACUGGACGAGCAGAUGCCAUGCCUGCCUCCUCCCAGCUCUGAAGCCAUGGCCGCCCUGGUCAGAGAGCUCAGACUUCAGCUUGGCAUGGCCCUGUUCGGCGUGGAUGUCAUCAUCAACAUACACACAAACACCCUCACCGUCAUCGACAUCAACAUCUUCCCAGGCUAUGAAGGAGUGCCCCAGUUUUUCUCCUCUCUGCUCAGCCACAUUGAGUCAGUGUUGGACAAACAGGCCUCUGCUGGCCCCGAGGCAACCGGCUCUCCCGAGUCAACACAGACUACAGGAGGUCCAUCUGCUGCAACAACUGGCCUUUAAG